AUGAAAUUCACUUGCAGGAACAACUUUAUUUAUAAGCCUGCUCUGCUUCUGUUAUGUUUAACCUUCGAUGCUUGUAUCUCCAUGGCGUCUCAUGUUAUCUCCGCAGGCCAAUCUCUUUCUAGGAACCAGACAAUUACCUCUCCAAGUGGCCAAUCCAAAACUGAAAUUUGUCCAACUCAUUCUAUGGUAACGGUUUCUCAUUCCACCGUAGCAAUGCUACUUGACAAUGGGAACUUUGUCAUAACAGACGCAUUUAAUUCAUCUGUUGUUAUAUGGCAGAGUUUUGAUCACCCAACUGAUACUUGGCUUCCAGGAGGGAAGCUUGGACAUAAUAGGCUUACGAAAGAAAAACUAAGUCUUACUCCAUUGAGAAACCCACAAAAUCCAGCACCUGGCCUCUUUCCUAUCUGGGCAGUAUCUUGUAUGUGA